AUCUGUAUCUCAGGUUGCGAUAAAGAUCGUGGAUAAGACUCAGCUGGACGAUGAGAAUCUGAAGAAGAUCUUCCGGGAGGUUCAGAUUAUGAAGAUGCUGCGACACCCUCACAUCAUCCGUCUGUACCAGGUGAUGGAGACAGAGCGGCUGAUCUAUCUGGUGACCGAGUACGCCAGCGGAGGAGAGAUCUUCGAUCACCUCGUGGCUCACGGACGGAUGGCGGAGAAAGACGCGCGGCGGAAGUUCAAGCAGAUCGUAGCGGCCGUUUAUUUCUGUCACUGCAGGAACAUCGUCCACAGAGACCUGAAGGCAGAAAACCUGCUGCUGGACCACAAUCUCAACAUCAAGAUCGCGGAUUUCGGCUUCAGUAAUCUGUUUUCUCGAGGACAGCUGCUGAAGACGUGGUGUGGCAGUCCUCCGUACGCCGCACCUGAGCUCUUCGAGGGGAAAGAGUACGACGGUCCUAAAGUGGACAUAUGGGUAAACACCAGCAUCUAUCUGACCACACCUACACUAUACCACCACGUUCAUAUUAAAACAGCCUUACGUACAAUUAAAAUGUUUGUAUCCAGUGUUUGUGUACACUAACCCUAACACACA